CAUUUGACUACACAUGGUACAUAUGCGUAAUGUCGAAUCUGGUGUUCAUGUGAUUUGAUCGAGUUGGCACUGAAAACAUUAGGAAGGUUGAGAGUAGAAUGGCUGUCAGCUGCCGUGCAUUGUUUCUGAGAGUUGUGUUCAGACAGGCUUUGGUCUUACAAGGACCAUUUCCAUCACUUCCAAAAUGGGGUUGUGGACUUCUAUAUAGCAAACUGGUGACACUGACAAACCCAAAAAGAUUUGGAUUUUCAAUAAGGCAAUAUAGCAACUCUGCUAUGGAGCAACAAGCAGCUGUUGUAGAGAAUGCACCACUAACAAAUCGUGUGCACGUGGCAGAAAGUGCUGAAGAAAUCCUGAACUCUCUUAGUCCCGAGAUGGAGAAAAAACUGAAGGUUAUCAAACUGGAAUAUGAAGUCAUGCAAUAUAUGAGCGAAUCAGUACCAGAGAAAAUGACACCUACAAUGUGGGUAAAGUUGCUGGAAUGUGAAACAAAAUCAGCAAGAAGGCGUCUACAUAGGUACUUCAGAAGUUGUGAGAAGCAUGAUCUUGCCAAGGAAAGGAAAAAAGCAUUAAAAAGAGAGUUGAGGGAGAAAGCUUUACAGUCUGUAGAAAAAGAAGAAAAACCGCCGCUGAAUACAAUUUUCUUAAGACUUAGGAAGAAAACCAUUCUCAGAUACCAUAACUCCAAACUAGCAAAUGCCAUGCUAUUUGGUGAGCCUCUUGUUAUAGACCUAGGAUUCGAGGAUACAUUGCAGAGUCGAGAAAUAAUUAACCUAGCCGAACAGAUCUUGUACAGCCAUGGUUCCAACAAGAGCCAUAAAGAGCCCUUUCAUUUAAUUAUGUGCAAUGCGAAAAAAGCAUCAAAAGUACUACGUGCUUUGCAAGAUCAUUCAAUGGCUUUGCCCAUUGAGGACUACAUGUUCACAAUAACUGAAAAAAGUUAUCUGGACUUAUAUCCUCGAGAUCAGCUUGUUUAUCUGACCCCAAAUGCCCCAGAGGUCAUGAGGAAGUAUGACCAUAACAAGGUGUACAUUGUUGGAGGGAUAGUAGACAAGUCCAACUCCAAACCCUUGACUCUUGCGAAGGCCAAGCGAGAAGGCAUAGCCAUGGUCAAGCUACCCCUGGACCACUUCCACAAGUGGGGAAAAGGUACAAAAUCCUUAACAAUUGAUCAGAUGGUAAACAUUAUGUUGGACAUUCAGUUGACCCAGGACUGGUACACUGCCUUCCAGCACAUCCCCAACAGAAAAAUUGCAAAAGAAAACACUGCUUAUGGACGUAUGUACUAAUGUGCUAAGGACAUAUCAGAGUGUAUUGCCUACAUCUUAAGUUGAUUUGCAUGUAUAGGUACAUGUACAUAUGACUGUGUGACCAACCAGUCCAUCUGUUGGCACAGGAUAUCAGCAAAGUGCGCGUGUGGUUGACUUGCAUAGCACAAAGGAAGAAUGCUUAUCUCAUUGUUUCAGUCAUAAUGUUGUUGUGUACACAAUACGUUCUUGUGUAUUAAAGGAAAUUGAUUGUGGCUCAAAUCUUGUUAUGACGGUCUAAAUGACAUUUUCAUAUAAAAUAUGAAACAGUUCAUCCUGACUCAGGGAUUAACUUUAAAUGUCACAUGAGGAAAACGACAGCAUUGCAGUGGUCAGUGAGCGUAGCAUCUGAAUAAAAGAUGAGAGAUCCGGGUACAGUUCAUUUUCCAUUUCAUGCCAAUGAGUUUAAUGACAAUCAAGGGCCUCUGUGGACCAGGAGGUUAGCACGCCAGCAUUACACAAUGACUCAGAAUCCUUUCACCAAUGAAGUCAUUGUGAGUUCGAGUCCAGAUUAUGUUGGCUUCCUCUCUGGCCGUACGUGGGAAGGUCUGUCAUCAACCUGAGGAUGGUUGUGGGUUUCCCUCCCACCAUAAAGCCUUCUGCCGAUCAAAUACAUAAAUUAAAGACAUCUUGGUGCUUCUUGACAUAGGACGUAGGAUUACGGGAGCUACAUGCACAAGUACUACAUGUAGUUUAGUGUUGACCUGGUGUCAGUUUACUGCAUCUUCCUGCCAGCAAGGUUGAUAUUUCACUAGAGGCUUUGUAAUCACCUUUACUUUACUGUACAUGUAUAUAUAUAAAAGUCUUCAGAAACCUACUCUUUUGACAGCUAAUGACAUGGCAACCAUUGAUCGUCUCUUAUAAAGUGGGUACGGUAUUUACUUGUUGAACCAAAUGCAAGAACGUCUGGAACCGAUUUAUUCCUAGACACAACAUUAUACAACAGCAAUAAGCAGUGCUAUGAAUGAUGAUCGCUGUGCUUUUAUUGAAUCGAAUGGCAAGCGGAAAGUCAUCAGGCAAUGCAGGUGCUAUCAGGCAAUACAUGGGGUCAAUGUAGCCUAUGUUGUUGUUGUUUCAUCACUAAUUUCUAUCUAGCCUAUUUUGCCAUAAAGUAACCGUCUCCACAAUAACCAUUAAAAUGUUGAUUUGCAAGGACUUACUCUUUGUACUAGCACUUCUACAUCUAGUGUGAAAUAAAUAUAUUCCAUACAUCGUAUACUUCUCACUUCGACCACAUCCCGUGUUGUUUUGAACUCCUGUCAGUGUCAUUAAUUAAGGUGGAAC